AUGCAUGAUCGUGCGCCACCAUACGACCCGGAGCUCGCGGCCAUCUUGGCCGUGAGGCUCGGCUCCCACCCGACAGCACUUAGUGCAGACACCCUGCCGGAGGGCCGCAAAGGUGCCAGCGAGGCAUCAGAAGCCACAUCGGAACGGCUGCGGGCCGACCCGGAGCUUCAAAUCUCGGGGCACAUGUGUCGCGCUGGAAGAACCUCGGACCAUGUCCCAAUUGUGGUGGUGGAGCCCACGAGCGGGCCGAGACUUUCCAGGCCAUGCCUCGUCUACUAUCAUCCCGGAGCCAGGAUCAUGGGGGAUGCCUAUACAAUGAUUCAUCCACUAGUCGAGUGGACCAAGGCCUUCAACGCCGUCACCAUUAGCGUGGGCUACCGGCUGGCGCCCGAGCAUCCCGGAUCGACAGCCACUGAGGAUGCGUACGCGGCUCUGCAGUGGGUCUGGGCCCACACAGAAGACCUCGCAAUCGACAGGGGCCGGAUCGUGCUCGUCGGGUUUUCUGCAGGAGGUGGUCUUGCCGCCGGCGUGGCUCUGAUGGCAAGGGACCGCAACAGCGGACCACGGUUAUGUGGUCAGGUUCUAGUGUGUCCCAUGUUGGACGACCGGAGCACGACGAUUUCGGCCCGCCAGUACCCCACGGGAGGGUCCUUCAGCUCCGACGACAACAAGUUCGCGUGGGGCUUGGUGCUGGCUGCUAGGGCCGGCACAGACGAUGUGAGUGUCUACGACGCCCCAGCCCGCGCCCAAGACCUUACAACCCUGCCGCCUGCCUACAUCGAGGCAGGUUCGGCUGAGCCGUUCAGGGACGAGGCGGUGCAGUAUGCCUCCCGCAUGUGGGAGUGUGGCGGUCAGGCUGAGUUGCACAUUUGGCCUGGUGCGCCGCACAGCUUCAACCUGAUAGCCCCUGAGGCAGCCAUCUCGAAAGCAGCAAAUGAAACACGACUGUCAUGGCUCAAGCGGGCUCUAUUGGGAUAA